AUGACUUCGCCCAGACGUGUCUGCUAUUACCUGUUUCUGGUUUUGAUUUUGUUCUUGGCGAUCACCCUUUAUUUUAAUAUCACCGCCGUUGAGAGGACAUCGGUGAAAGCAAGUCACAAACAUGCCUUGGAUCCGCUCUACGAGAAGGUCCGAGUGCUGUGCAUGAUACCUUACGACUAUACCGAUCCUGAGACUGCCAGAUAUGUGAAGCGCACUUGGGGAAAACACUGCAAUGCAUUGCUCUUCGUGAGUGGCAACAUCGAUGGGGAGUUGGAGCCCUAUGUGCCCGUGGUCAACUCAACGGACAAGUGGACUUUGGUCCAACGGGGGCUGAUGCACGCCUAUCUAUUUUAUGGCCACAAAGUCGAUUGGGUCCUCAAAGUCGAGUCCUCUAGCUUUGUGGUUGUGGAGAAUCUCCGGUACUUGAUAGAUAGAAGAAAGUAUCUGCCCAGUCAAGCGAUCUACUUUGGCUAUGAACUCGAGAACAUCAUCACACAUGAGCCCUUUAUUCACGAUCGGAGUGGCUAUGUGAUUAGCCGCGAGGCCUUGAGGCGCUACACAAACGCGUCGAUGGAUCCAGAGGUCAAGGAAUGCCUCCAUUGGAAGGGAUAUGUUGAGGGACUGGAUAUAUAUCGUUGCCUGAGCCAUGUGGAUGUGAAAAUAGUCGAAAGUCGGGAUGAAUCUGAGCACGAGACGUUUUUGCCCAUUCCGAUGAAGCACCACUUUUUGGGGGGCUACGAUUACAUAGACUGGCUGCGUAACGUAACCUAUCAUAAAGUGCCAGGGAACACAGUGCCAAUAUCCAAGCGCGCCAUAAGUUUUCGGGUGGGCUACCCGCCUGAAAUGUACGAUUACUAUUAUUUUGUUUACGGAUUGAAAAUCUUUGGCACCCCCGUGAAUACUCCUUAGAAUACAGA